UUCUCUGAUCAUCACAGCUGCAAACAUUUUACCAACAUGAGCAGGUCUCUGCAAAAAAAAGGAGAACCUCCUGAACCCAGCAGUGUGUCUGUGAGGAGCGAUCGCUCGGCAGACUAUCCUCUGAACUUUAAAGACAAACGGGACAUUUUUGAAACAAGGUCUCUACAGAAAAAAGGAGAACCUCCUGGACCCAGCAGUGUGUCUGUGAGGAGCGAUCGCUCUGCAGACUAUCCUCCGAACUUUGAAGACAAACGGGACGUUAUAGAAACAAGGGCAUCUUCUGAAUGGAGGAGACAAACAUCAGAUUUCAGUUCUGUUUCCAUGAAAAGUGACAAAUCUGCUGGUCAUCCUUUAAACUUUAGAAGAGGAGACUCAUUUGACCUGAGGCCUCUACAGAAAAAAGGAGAACCUCCUGAACCCAGCAGUGUGUCUGUGAGGAGCGAUCGCUCUGCAGACUAUCCUCCGAACUUUAAAGACAAACGGGACGUUAUUGAAACAAGGGCACCUUCUGAAUGGAGGAGACAAACAUCAGAUUUCAGUUCUGUUUCCAUGAAAAGUGACAAAUCUGCUGGUCAUCCUUUAAACUUUAAAAGAGGAGACUCAUUUGACCUGAGUGUUUUAUCCAUAAAUGUCCCAGAGAAAAGAAACACCUCAGAUACCAACUUAGUUUCCAUGCAAAGUAACCAAUCUGCUGGUCAUCCUGCAAACUUUAAAGAUGGACAAGAACGAGUGGACAGGCAGAGGACAGAACUGCUCACUGAUCAUCCUGAAAACCAGAAUACAUCAGAGCUCGGCCUUAUCUUCAAGGAACUUGAGAACAAUAUAGUUGAAUUUGUGAAGAGUGAGCUGAAAAGGUUCCAGACAUUGUUGCAUCCAGAUCCUAUCCAACAUGGGAAGAAGGAUGAGGAGGUAUUGCAGGGUGCAGAAGAAGUCGAGAGAAGGAGCAACAAGGAGGCAUUUUUAAAUAUGACUCUGUAUUUUCUGAAGAGCAUGAAGCAAGAGCAUCUGGCAGAUUUACUGUACAACAAAAUGGUUGCACCACUCUGUAUAAACAAGCUAAAACACAACCUGAAAAAAAAGUUCCAGUGCGUGUUUGAGGGGGUCACUAAAGCAGGAAGUCCAACCCUUCUGAACCAGAUCUACACCGAGCUCUACAUCACAGAGGGAGGGACUGGAGAGGUAAACGAUGAACAUGAGGUCAGACAGAUUGAAACAGCAUCCAGGAAAGCAUACAUACCAGAAACAACCAUCAGACAAGAAGACAUCUUUAAAGUCCCGCCUGGAAGAGAUCAACCAAUCAGAACAGUGAUGACAAAGGGAGUGGCUGGCAUUGGGAAAACAGUCUUAACCCAAAAGUUCACUCUGGACUGGGCUGAAGACAAAGCCCACCAGAACAUCCACUUCAUAUUUCCAUUCACCUUUAGAGAGCUGAAUGUGCUGAAGGAGAAAAAGUUCAGCUUGGUGGACCUUGUUCAUCACUUCUUUACUGAAACAAAAGAAGCAAGAAUCUAUAGGUUUGACAAGUUUCAGGUUAUUUUCAUCUUUGACGGUCUGGAUGAGAGUCGACUUCCUCUGGACUUCCAGAACCAGGAGAUCCUGACUGAUGCUACAGAGUCCACCUCAGUGGAUGUUCUGCUGACAAACCUCAUCAGGGGGAACCUGCUUCCCUCUGCUCGCCUCUGGAUAACCACACGACCUGCAGCAGCCAAUCAGAUCCCUCCUGAGUGUGUUGACAUGGUGACAGAGGUCAGAGGGUUCACUGACCCACAGAAGGAGGAGUACUUCAGGAAGAGGUUCAGGGAUAAGAAGCAGGCCAAAAAGAUAAUUUCCCACAUCAAGACAUCAAGGAGCCUCCACAUCAUGUGCCACAUCCCAGUCUUCUGCUGGAUCACUGCUACGGUUCUGGAGGACGUGUUGGAGACCAGAGAGAAAGGAGAGCUCCCCAGCACCCUGACUGAAAUGUACAUCCACUUCUUGGUGGUCCAGACUAAAGUGAAGAAGGUCAAGUAUGAUGGAGGAGCUGAAACAGAUCCACACUGGAGUCCAGAGAGCAGGAAGAUGAUUGAGUCUCUGGGAAAACUGGCUUUUGAUCAGCUGCAGAAAGGAAACCUGAUCUUCUAUGAAUCGGACCUGAUAGAGUGUGGCAUCAAUAUCAGAGCAGCCUCAGUGUACUCAGGAGUGUUAACACAGAUAUUCAAAGAAGAGAGAGGGGUGUACCAGGACAAAGUGUUCUGUUUUGUCCAUCUGAGUGUUCAGGAGUUUCUGGCUGCUCUUCAUGUUCACCUAAACAUCUCAAAGUCUGACGUUAACUUGAUAGAGGAACAAGCAAAAACCUUCAACAUCUCCAAAACAAGAAAAGGUGUUACUCCAGUGGGAAACUUCUACCAGACUGCUGUUGACGAGGCCCUUCGUAGUCAAAAUGGACACCUGGAUUUGUUCCUCCGCUUCCUCUUAGGUCUCUCCCUGGGACUAAAUCAGAGGUUUCUAAAAGGUCUUCUGCCAUGGAUAGGACGUGAUUCUCUGCCCAACAAGGAAACAGCUGAUUACAUCAAAAAGAAGAUUGAAAUGCAUCCAUCUCCAGAGAAGAGCAUUAAUCUCUUCCACUGUCUCAAUGAACUAAAAGAUCAUUCUCUGGUGGAGGAAACUCAACAGUACCUGAAAUCAGGAAAUUUCAAUCAACAAAAACUGUCUCCCGCUCAGUGGUCCGCCUUCAGCUUCAUUUUGCUGUCCUCGGAGAAAGAUUUGGACAUGUUUGACCUGAAGAAAUAUUCGGCUUCAGAGAAGUAUCUGUUGAAGCUACUGCCAGUCCUCAAAGCAUCCAACAAAGCUCUGCUGGAUGGCUGUAACCUCUCAGAGAGAAGCUGUGAAUCUCUGGCCACAGUCCUCAGUUCUAAAUCGUCUUAUCUGAGAGAGCUGGACUUGAGUAACAAUGACCUGAAGGACUUAGGAGUGAAGAAGUUGUGUGUUGGACUGCAGAGUCCAUACUGUAAACUUGAAUCUCUCAGGCUGUCAGGUUGUCUGAUCACGGAGGAGGGCUGUGCUUCUCUGGUCUCAGCACUCACCUUCAACCCAUAUCAUUUAAAACUUUUGGACCUGAGCUACAAUCAUCUAGGAGAAGCAGGAGUGAAGCUUCUUUCUGCUGGACUUGACAAUCCACACUGGAGACUGGAGGCGCUAAGAGUGGACUCUGGUGGGGAAUGGACCCUGCAAGCAGGAUUGAGAAAGUAUUCUUGUCGUCCAACUCUGGAUCCAAGAACAGCUCACAAAACAUUCAAAUUUUCUGACAACAACAGAGAGGCAGUAGUGAUGACAGAGGACCAACCAUGUGCUGAGCACCCAGAGAGGUUUGACAGCUGGGUCCAGGUGGUCUGCGCUGACCCUCUGACUGCUCGCCAUUAUUGGGAGGUUAAAUGGGAGGGCACUGUGAGCAUUGGACUGACUUACAGAGGUAUCGACAGGAAAGGAAAUAGUUCCAGUUGUCUGCUUGGAGGGAAUAAUAAGUCCUGGUGUCUUUAUUGUUCAAAAAAUGCUUACUUUGGGUUUCACAAUGACAAGAGAAAUGAUGUCCCACCACCUUCCAGUGUCUCCAACAUAGUCGGAGUCUACCUGGACCAUCCCUCUGGCACACUGUCCUUCUAUAUGGUGUCCUCUGACAAGCUGACCCACCUUCACACCUUCAACGCAACAUUUACUGAAGCUCUUUAUCCUGCAUUCAGAGCAUUUUCUAGUUCUUCAAUCUCUUUAUGAGCUGAUGCGUUAAGAUCAGCAGUGCAUCACAAAGUACUAUUUGUUAUAAUGUAAAUAUUGCUGUUGUAUGUAUUUUAUAAAUACGUUUUAUUUUGUUGAUCUGUAAUGACAUUCCAAAUAUUUCUGAUAACUAUACUUUAUUGUUUAAUUCUCUAAUGUCACAAACACAUUGAUUCUAUUUUAAUUUUAUGACUUACAGUGCUGUGUAUUCUUUUGCACAGUUACUGUAAAAACAUUUUGUAUUUUUACAUCAUAGUUUCUUUUUCCUUUUAAGAAAAUUUGUUGAUAACCCAGAAGGCUAAUUUCAACUUGUGUUCAUCAAUAAAUGUUUCU